AUGCCUGCUUUAUUGGGCAAAACGAGAGCUCAAGCUAUAUCUGGUUUCAAAGUUUUUGAUAGUUUAAUCCCUACCAGAUUUGAAAUGAUUGUUAUUUCAUUAUUUUAUAUUUUUAUUGUGAUCAUCCAUGCAGUUCAUUCCAAAGGGGUUGCAAAUGACCCAAUUUACGGAUCCGCUUAUAUGGCUGAAAUCAGAUAUUCAGCUGAUAGAACUGGUAUUGUUGCUACCUUUAUGAUGCCAUUAUUGUUCUUAUUUGCUGGUCGUAACAAUUUCUUGCAAUGGGUUACCGGAAUUAAUUACCUGACUUUCCUUUGUUAUCACCGUCACAUUGCCAGAAUCAUGUUCAUGUUGGUUGUUAUUCAUUCAGUCAACUAUACUAUUCUUCUAGUUCAGAAGCAUGGUCUUGCUGUAAGAAUGGCACAGCCCUGGCUUUAUUGGGGUGUUCUUGCCACUGUUGCUGGUGGGAUAAUUUUAAUCCAAAGUAUUCUCUACCUCAGAAGAAACUGGUAUGAAUUGUUUGUCCUUGUCCACAUAGUUAUGGCUGUAUUGUAUGUUGUUGGAACUUGGAUUCACAUUGUUGAGUUUGGAUAUGGCACUUAUCUUUAUCCAACUAUUGCUGUAUGGAGUUUUGAUAGACUUGUUAGAAUUUGUAGAUUAUUGUACUUUGGAUUCCCUGAAGUCAAUGUCAAGUUGGUUGGUGAUGAAACCAUUAAGAUGUGUAUUCCUAAACCAAAGCACUGGAAAAUCAUUCCUGGUGGUCAUGCUUUUGUUCAUUUCAUAAAACCAACCUACUUCUGGCAGUCACAUCCAUUCACCUUUACGAAUUGUUCCGAUCAAGGUGAAGACAAGAUUGUGAUGUACAUGAAAGUUAAAGGUGGUGUUACGCACAGUUUAUACAAAUUGUUAAACAAAUCGCCAGGAAAAAUGACUACUAUGAGAAUUGGUAUUGAAGGACCAUAUGGAGAAUCAACCCCAGCCAAGUAUUCAGACAAAGCAGUUUUCAUUGCUGGUGGUAAUGGUAUUCCAGGAAUUUACUCUGAAGUAGCCGACAUUGCAUUAAAAUCGACUUCAGAAAGAAAGUCAGUGUUGAAAUUAGUGUGGAUCAUUAGAGAUUACAGCUCCUUAUUUUGGUUCCACGACGAGCUUGUCAGAUUGAAAAACACAAAUAUCGAAACAACCAUCUAUGUGACCAAGACAGAUAAAAACUUUGAUAAUAUGAAUGAAUUUAUUCUGGAAAAUUCAAAAGAAGGAUCCGUCAAAUCCAGUGAAGUGGAAAAAUCCGAGUCAUUACAAACUACAGAUGCUGUUGAACAAUUGAAAGAGGAAUUAUCUCAUGUUUGUUUUGAAGAAGGGAGACCAAAUAUUGAACAAAUUAUUCAAGAUGAAAUCAAAGAGUCUCUGGGAUCUAUUUCAUUUGUAGCUUGUGGCCAUCCUGUCAUGGUUGACGAAGUUCGUUAUUACAGUUGUAAGAAUAUUGAUAAUGCUGAGAAGAAGAGAGUAGAUUUUUACGAACAACUUCAAAUAUGGGCUUAA